AUUUGAAACGACUUUAUUGAACUGAAUUUCAGGGACCCAACGGGUGCCGAGUGAUAUCUUCAGUGGGUCACUUCUAGCAAACUAACCUUUAAAUGACAACAGCCACACGACAAUAAAGCGAAGAGCAGUAUCGUUAGGCACCGUUUGCAGAAAAAUCCAUUGGGUUUGCCAAGCUAUUCAUCCUAAAUCUGUGGAGAAGACUCUGAAAUUGCCCUGUUACCCCAGGCCUUAGUGGCAACUCCAGCUAUAAUAGGAGAGACGAUUCAACUGGUCCAGGAUCAGCAAAACAGCACCAGGAACUACAUCUUCACUCAGCCUAUCUACAUUUGCUUGCUGGCAUGUCAAUAGCUAGUUUUAAGCCCGAGCAGGAUGUUACAGAGGAAAGCCAAUCGGGCCCCAAGAUGGAGGUUGCAAAAAAUACCAAGUCUCUCGGCCAAUUGGAAGAUGCCUCAGCAGGUCUCAGCAACGAUGCACACUUGACAGAGAUUGAUAUAAAUGACACCCACGAAACUAGAAACCUUGACCAUUAUCUUGAGGACAAGGAUGAAGAAGAUGAGAAUGUCAGCAAUGCCCAUGAUGACGAUCAUAACGGAGUUUAUAAAGACACUGAGGAUGAGGCUAAUUUAAGCACAGCUAGUUGUGAAAAGGACACCCAGACCAACAUGAAGGUGGCUAUGGCAAAGGAGACCCAAAGAAGCCCAGCUGCUGAACUGUCAGUCACCAGCAAUGGAGACGCUGACACAAGUCAUGAAGAAGUGUUUCAGCAGGACUUGUCCCGUGCUGCCUCUGCCGCUGGACCAAUCACUUCGCACGCCCACAGUGCACCGGACAGCUACGGAAUGACUGAGGGCGUGGUUGCAGUGGGACCAUACACAGGGACGAAGAGCCAGCCCACUUCGCCGACUGUAGUGCCCAAUCCCGCGGUGGCUAGCCGGCUGGCUCGUGCGGCUAGUGACAGUCAGGUGGAGAAGGAGAAAGGCAGUGCAAGCGGGCAGACACAAAGUGGGGCAGUGGUCCUGGCCGAUGACAUGAAGAGCCCCGCUCUGGAAAAACUGGAGCUAGUCAGAAAAUGGAGCAUCAACACAUACAAAUGCACCAAGCAGAUCCUGUCGGAGAAGCUGGGCCGUGGCUCACGCACUGUAGACCUGGAGCUGGAGGCGCAGAUUGAGGUGCUGCGAGACAACAAACGCAAAUAUGAGCACGUGCUGAAGCUGGCGCAGACACUGGCCAGCCAACUGGCCCAGAUGAUGCAGACGCAGAGGCAGCUGGGUGACGCCUUCGCCGACCUCAGCCUCAAGUCACCUGAGCUACACGAGGAGUUUGGCUACAAUGCUGAAACUCAGAAGCUACUGUCCAAAAAUGGCGAGACGCUUUUAGGUGCCAUUCACUUCUUUAUUGCCAGCGUGACCACGCUGGUGGACAAGACCAUCGAGGAUACCAUGAUUAACAUCAAGCAGUAUGAGGCAGCCAGGGUUGAGUACGACGCGUAUCGCACAGAUCUCGAGGAGCUGAACCUGGGCCCACGAGAUGCCACCACGCUGCCCAAGAUCGAGCAGUCACAGAUGCAGUUCCAGAUGCACCGUGAGAAAUAUGAGAAGAUGCGCAAAGACGUCUCCAUCAAACUCAAGUUCCUGGAGGAGAAUAAGGUGAAGGUUCUUCACAAUCAGCUGGUCCUCUUUCACAAUGCCAUCGCCGCCUACUUCGCCGGCAACCAGCAGCACUUGGAGCAGACGCUCAAGCAGUUCCACAUCAAGCUGAAAAUGCCCGGAGCGGACGUCCCUUCCUGGCUGGAGGAGCACUGAUCGGCGGACCCUCCUUGAAGGCAGGUGGUAAGCUCCAGAAAGAAGAGAAGGCUAGAAGAAGUCCACACACUCCUUACAUGAGAUGUAAAAAAGUAAAAAAAAAAAAAAAAAUCAAUUGAAAAAAAAAGGGAACAAAGAUAAAAGAAAGCAAGGGAGCGGCCUUUUCUUGCCCUGUCUCCUUUUUCACUUCAGGACACUAAACCUUUCAGGAAAUGUAAAGAAGGUUUAGUGGGAGAGGGUUAGCCUAAGAAAGAAAUAUUUAUCUUCUACCAUGUUUUCCCUCUUUGAAUGGUUGUUUUUGUUUUUGUUUUUAAAGAAUGCUACUCUCCUUUUGUUUGGGAGAAGGGAAUUUUUUUUUUUUACUUUCGUGGGGAGGAAAAGAGUGGCCUUGAGAUGUUCCUUCAAAAUCAGCAACCGUGCACUUUGUGGUAUAAAACGUAGGACAAAUCUAAUAGAACAUUGCUUAUAAGAAUAAAGAAGAAGCUCCAUGACUGUAACCCAGUACUACAUGGGGUCCAAAGGGGGGAAAAAAAACAACAACAUAAUUUGUAGCCCCAUCUUAGGAUUUCUCAAGGCCUCUUUCAUGUUCACAUCAUUGUUAUUCUGCCUUAUCUUACUUACCAGACUAGGUAAAAGUGUGUUCUUUUUGGUCCUCUUAACUUCAUAUCUCAACAUUUUGUCCUGGGUCCCGGGACCAAGAGCGUUCAACAAUCUUGUACCACACGCAAACCAAGACUCUGGGAACAAGCCGCCUCCCCCUUCAUUCUCUUCCUCCACCUCUCCUCCCCCUUCUGUUCAUUACUGGCCUGAAAGAUCUCAUCUCUCCCCUCCCCCUCCCCACGCCAUGGAGAGUUGAAAGCAUCCACAAUGUUCGCACUCUUCAAGACACACCAACCCACGUUCCACUUCCAGGAGUCCGAGAUACUGUCCUGACACCGACAAGUACAUGUUACAGUGAGACUUGCUGUCCUGCCAUUGGUGGGAUUGUGCAGCGUGGAAAAUCAAAGACAAAAAAGAAAAAUGCUUGAUGUUUUGCUUUAAAAUUGUCCAUGUUUGACAUUCAUAGGUGACAAUUGGGUGAGAAAGGGGGGGAGGGGCUUAUCUUUGUAAAUGUAAUGUGCCUUUCACUCUGUCAGUCAUGUGCAGUUUAAUCUUGUGUUGGCUCAACACUUGGUCCCACUGCCAUGCUAUGGAACAACACACACAAAUAUAUGUACAGUACAACUGCACAUAUUCCAUAACAAAAAAGACAAUUUCUGUUCACUCCUCUUUUGACUUGUUGGUUGAAUUUUUCCGAUUUAUUUAAAUUUUUUGUAACUACUUCUUGUCAUAACAUUGCAUUCCAGACAGUUGCUCAACCAGGAAACUUUUAUAGGACAUAGAAACCAAAUUAAAUUGACGUGGACCACUGUGUUUGCACAUAUGCCUGACUAAGUCUUCUCCUUUUUGAAAUUAGUUGUUGUAUUGUCUGUUAUUGUGUUUCUCUCAUUUCUGAUGAUCUGAACCUUCCAGCACAGCACAAUGGUGCACUAGUUCCAUAUUUCUCUACCAUCUGAUGCAGAUUUUUCUAGUUCAAAAUUUGCUCCCAGCACCUUUAUAGCCAGAAAAACGACAUUUUUAAAGCUCUUGGUCAUUAUUGUACUCCACUACAUAGCACAUAUGUAUUUUUAUCAGGUUGGCCUGUGGCUGAGGUUCAAACCAUUCUGUUAUUUCAUAACUGAGGGACAGUGAUGUCAAAAGAGCUUCAGCUCCUGACCUAGCUUGUCAGCUUUAUUCAGUUAUGAUUUUUAUGUAGCCACUUUUGUUUUUGUGUAACCCUUUAGAUCUGUAAUGGAAGCACGUUGGUAUCUUUGCAAAGUACCCGAUGAGAACUGACAAAAGUGGACAGUCAUAUCUAUAUAUUUGUAACUUCCUGUUUUACUUAGGGAAUAAAUGAUUUUGCCAUGGGCAUUUUUUUAUUAGCAAAGUUGCUAAUUGACAGUGCCUGGAUGUUGAAAAAGAUUUGCAAAUGUUGCGCAAGACUUGAGAGGAGAAGAAUUAAAUGUUUUCCUUCGUAAA